AAAAAAAAAUCAAUUCUUGUGUUACACCCUCAUGUAUAAAGGUCAUGUCCAGAGGACUAUGUUGAGUAUUUAAUAAAAUCUGAAUAUUAUUUUUAAAGUUUAUAGAAUGGCCUCUGAGCUUCAGUUGAAACCUUGCGUGUUGAUAACAGCCUGUUAGAAAGUUCACUUAUCUUCUGUGUGUUGUUCCUGAAAAAAAAGCAUCAGCUCCCUCUCUCUUUUUCCUCCCUCCUUCGUCCCUCUCUCAUUCAAGAGUAUUCAAAAAAAAAAAAAAAAAAAAAGGAAAAAAAAGAAAAAGGGGGAAAAAAUUACAUUUUGCUUUGUCUCCUUGAAUUAGUCUUGUUACUGUAUUGUUCGGUGGCAUCAGGAAUCUAUGCCAUACCUCUCGCUUCAUGAUUAAAAAUGGAUUUCCAAAGUUCAAAACAGUAUAUAUUUCUUAUUGCACCCUCCUCAGUCAAACACCAGGUCAAAGGUUCUGCUUCUUUUUAUUAUGAUUAUUUUGAUUUAAUUUGAGCUCUACGCAGCUGAGAUUCCCCCAGCUCUGAGGAAGGACCCACAUCCCCCCCUCCCUCUCUCCCCCGGCUGAGUUCGACCCAAUAAACCUUUCCAGGGAGGGGGGGGAGUCACUUUUAUCCAGAAAGUCAUCCUUAGGAGAACGGAAAUUGUGGAUAUAAUGCUGGGAAACAAACCCUGCUGCUGUGGAUCGCAGGCUCGGAUAAACCAUUGCGAAGGCUGGAUGAAAAAAAUCUGCAUUUUUCUCGCCUCUUUGUCACUGCUCUCAUAUUUACUGGGCUGUUCAGUAGGUAGCACUUAGGCAGGGGUGAUAUUUCCCUGGAAGCAACUUAGUUCCCUUCGAGAUAUUUUGAAUGAAACAACCAGGAUUUGGUGUUAAAAUGGCCAUAACCAGGAAAAAAAAUAAAAAAGGAGAAAGAAAGAAAGAAAGGAGACAAAAAAAAAAAAAAAAAAAAAGCAGCCUGGGGAGGUUUUUCAGCCCAUCCUUUGCUCGUCUCCAGCCUGGAAUGUGCAGGCGAUUUUUGCAAGGCGCAGGAAAGACGGAAAAAAAGCCCCCUAAAAUGUCUCUUAAAAGGGAAGAAAACAAGCAAACAGCACCAACGAGCAGCAGCCAAGAGCGUUUUGCAAGAGGGUAACGACCUGGGCAGGGAGCAGGAGGCUCCCUGGGUGUAAACCAGUUGGAAUGAAAGAAAAAGAGGACAAAAAAUGGGAAAAAAAGGACAAAAAAUGGGAAAAAAAGGCAAACUCAAACAUAUCUCCAGAGCCACACGUAUAUAAUUCAGCGCCUAUAGCAAGGAGGAAGGCGAUAUGUAACACCCAGCUCAUUCAAGGCAUUCUCUGGCUGGUGAAUGGAGACGGAAUAGAAAGAAACCGCACUCAGGUCCGCGGGGCAAAGCACGGAGCGGGCUGGGGGGGCCCGUCCUCCCUUCACCCCCCAACCCCCGCCCUGCUCCGCAGCAGAAAGGAGGGCUGGAAAUUCAGAUUUGAAGGUAUUUAUUUCCCCUCCGCCUUGCCCUUUGAAGAGAAGGGCUGGUUUCUCCAGGCAGCAGCAGACAAGGAAGAUCCAGGCUUCUGCCAGCAAUAAAUUGCCCCAAAAAAAGGGGGGGAAAGGUAACAGGAAUGUAAACUUUGGCGCAUCGAAGGAGCAGCCCCUGCAGAACCCUCGGGAGCGUCCCCGGCCGCCACCGUGCUCCAAAACCUCGGCAAACAGCGCGGGGAUUGCGCUGCCUUCCACCCAGCCAGCGGUUGAAAAAUAAAUUCAUUAAAAAACCCAAGGAAUUAAAGAUGCUGCGGAGGGAACGCGCUGCUGCUGCUUCCCCUCCUGGCUGCACCACCGAAAAGAAAGGAAAAAAUAAAAGAAAGCACAAAAAAAGGGGGGGUUAUUUUCCUUUACGCGCGCAGCUGCUAUUUCGAGCUGGAAGAAGCGCGCAAAAACGCGCGCAGGAAUCACAGUUUUUUUAAAAAGGGUUUGAAAAUCUCGGAGCGUUGCGCGGAGGGAGCUCGGAGGCAGCCUGCGCGCUGCCCCCCACCUUCCUCCCCCUAACCACCCUCCCUCCCUCCCUCCGCGGGGGGGCGCGGAGCGGUGCGGUGCCGCGGAGCAGCGCUAGGUGCCGCUGCCGCCUCGCCGUCCCGCGGCGCGCUCCACCCGCGCUCCCCCGCGCACCCCCGGCGCCUUCCGCGGGCGCCCAUCGAUAACCCGCCCCGGGGUCAUCACGAGAAAUGGAUGAGUGGCCGGCGCCGUCACGUGACGCCACUUAAAUAUCCCAUAUUUGGGCAGCGCGGAGAGAAGGGGGGGGGGUGCGAAAAAAAAAGAAGAGAAGAAUCCCCCCAACUAUAAAUUCUGCACUUUAGGAGGAACAAAAAACGCGGCCCCCCCACCCCUGAACUUCAAAGGGCCACAAAUCACCCUAAUCAAAGCGGUUGGAAAAAAAAAGAGGAAAAAAAAAGGGGGGGGAAGAGAAAAAAAAAAGGGGAAAAAGAAAAAAGAGGAAAAAAAAAGGAGAAAAAAGAGGGGGAAAAAGAAAGAAAAAAGAGGAGGAAAAAGGGGAAAAGGAGUGAAAAAAGGAUUAGAAAAAGGAGGAAAAAAGAGAGAAAAGAGAGGGGAAAAAUAGGAAAAAAGGGAAGGAGAAAAGAGGGGGAAGAGAAGAAAAAGGAAAAAAGUGGGGAAAAAAGGAGGAAAAAGGAAAAAAGAUAAAAAAGAGAAAAAAGGAGAGGAAAAGAAGGGGAAAAGAGGAAAAAAAGAAGAAAAAGGAAGAAAAAUAUAAAAGGAGGAAAAGAAAGAGGAAAAAAAAGAGGAAAAGAAGAGGGAAAAGAUCCCCCUCCCCAAAUUCCCCCCCCUCUUUUUUAUUAUUUUUUUUUUUUGCCUCCCCUCCUCCGCCAUGAGUUCUUACGUCGCCAAUUCGUUUUAUAAGCAAAGUCCCCCCGUUCCUGCCUAUGCCAUGCAAAGUUAUGGAAAUUAUGGAAGUGUGCCGGGGGUCCCGCCGCCCAGGUACCGCGGCAGCGGCUCGGACCCGAGCAUCGCCCUCCCCUCCGCCGGGGCUGCCGCCUCCCUGGGCUCGGACAUGUCUGCAGCCCCCCGAGCUAACCCCGAGCGACCUUCUUGCACGGUCAUGGGUUCUUCAGGGCAUCCUCUAGCCAGAGACGACCAAGCAUCCCUAAAUCCCGGGAUUUACAACCAGAAGAGCGCUAACCCGGCGCUGGAGGAGAGAUCUAAGAGCUCGGGUGAAAUCAAAGCCGAGCCGGUGCAAACAGCACAACAAGGAGGACCCCAACUGCAGCAGCACCAACCUCCACAAAUCUACCCCUGGAUGACCAAACUACACAUGAGCCAUGAAACGGAUGGUAAACGCUCCCGAACCAGCUACACCCGCUACCAAACUCUGGAACUAGAGAAAGAAUUUCAUUUUAACAGAUACCUGACGCGGCGGAGGCGCAUUGAGAUCGCCAACAACCUCUGCCUGAACGAGAGACAAAUCAAAAUCUGGUUUCAAAACCGGAGGAUGAAGUGGAAGAAAGAUUCCAAGUUGAAAAGCAAAGAGGCUCUUUAGAAGAAGCAGCAGCCACCGCAAACACAACUCUCAGCCAAGAGCACAAAGAGCCCCGACCAUUUCGCGGUGACUGAUUUAUGGCGUUUUACAACCCCAUAAAAAGCUGUAACAACCAGCCAAAAGCCUUCGACACCGCUGGCACAUUUAGUCUAAUAAAUAAAACAUAAACAGUUAA